AUGAACAUAGGAACUAUAGGGCACGUGGAUCACGGUAAAACAACCUUGACCGCUGCAAUAACAAAAGUACUGUCACUAGAAAACAAAGCCAAAUUCAGUAAAUAUGAAGAUAUUGACAAGGCUCCAGAAGAGAAAGCUAGAGGAAUCACCAUUAAUGCAGCCACUAUUGAAUAUGAAACUGAGAAUCGUCACUAUGGUCACGUGGAUUGCCCUGGACAUCAGGAUUACAUCAAAAACAUGAUAACAGGAACAGCGCAAAUGGAUGGUGCCAUUUUAGUGGUUGCUGCAACUGAUGGAACCAUGCCUCAAACCAGAGAACAUCUUCUAUUAGCAAAACAAAUUGGUAUCAAGAAAUUGGUUGUUUUCAUCAACAAAGCUGACGUGGCCGAUGCCGAGAUGAUAGAAUUGGUAGACAUGGAAAUCAGAGAACUGCUGACUGAAUUUGGAUUUGAUGGAGACGGGACUCCAAUAAUAUGUGGUUCUGCCUUGACUGCAUUGAAUGGGGAUGAAAAUGGAACAAAGAAGGUCAAGGAGUUGUUAGAAGCUGUUGACUCAUAUAUGCCUACUCCAGUCCGAGAUUUAGAGAAGCCAUUUUUUGUUCCUGUUGAAUCUGUACUUUCCAUUCCUGGUCGAGGGACAGUGGUGACAGGAAAAGUGGAACGAGGAAUUUUAAAGAAAGGAGAUGAGUGUGAAAUCGUGGGUCACGAUAAAGUGCUAAAAACCACUAUCACUGGAAUUGAAAUGUUCCAUAAAAACUUGGAUCGAGCAGAGGCUGGGGAUCAACUUGGAGCUUUGAUUAGAAAUGUUAAACGUGAGGAUAUUAGAAGAGGGUCCAUAGUAGCCAAGCCAGGAACUACCAAACUGAGAAAUAAUAUGGAGGCCAAGAUUUAUCUUAUUUCAAAAGAAGAAGGUGGCAAAAAAGCAAAGCCUAUCACAAGCUUUUUUCAAUUCCAUAUGUUCAGUUGGACCUGGGAUUGUGCAACAUUGUUGAAAAUUGAUGACAAAAAAAUGAUCAUGCCAGGAGAAAGCACAACAGUUAAUCUGAACUUGUUUAAAAAAAUGGCAGUAGAGGAAGGCCAAAGAUUUACUAUUAGAGAUGGUCAAGGAACCAUUGGAUAUGGAGUUGUUUCGAAAAUUUUGCCAGAUUACAAUGUAAAUGAACUUGAAGUGGAAAAAAAGACUUAUCAAAAGGAGAAAAAGUUAAAAAGAAAAGCUAGAGAAGAGGAACAACAAGGAUUUUAA